AUGGACGAUUUAUGUUUAGAUGUGACGGAAAGUUAUGUCGAUCAGUGUAAAAUAAUUAGUCAACAGGUACAAUCAUUUUUGCCGUAUAGCUCCACUGCGCUAGGUAAAAAUGAUGAAAUACGAUUUGAAAUUCGCAACAUGGACAGUUACACUUUACCAAGUGCCAGUUAUUUGUACUUGGAAGGUGAAGUGAAAAAACCUGAUGGUAUGAAGUCCAGUCCUAGAUUUAUUAACAACGGACUCGCAUAUUUAUUUUCUGAAAUACGUUAUGAAAUAAACGGUACUCAAAUACAAAAAGUACGCAACCCGGGCAUUACAUCUACUUUGAAAGGCUAUUGCUCAUACAGCCCCGCUGAUAUUAACGAACUACACACUGCGGCAUGGGACAUUACUACUGAAGACAAUAAAGACUUUUUCGACUGUACAUAUUUUUCUGGGAUUAUACCGCUAUCGCAUAUACUAGGGUUUGCCGAAGAUUAUAAAAAAAUACUCUUAAACUGUACCCAAUCAUUAAUAUGUACGAGGAGUUCAUCAGACAUAAACGUAAUCAAAUUAUUCAAUGUGAACGAGUCCUCUGAAAAACUUAAAUGCAGCACGGGAACUUCUGAUGAUAAUGAGGUUGUCAAGCUAUUAGAUACGAGUACCACAGUAAAAGAAAAACUGUCUACAGUAUCAAUUAAACUAACAAAAGUUGUAUGGAAUAUGCCAAUCGUCAAAGUGACCGAAAAGGAACAAUUAAAAUUACUUAGAGUUUUAGAUAGUAAAAAGCCUAUACAUUGCGCCCAUAGAAAUUGGGAACUGUGUGAAUAUCCGUUUGUACCACAAAACAAAUCGUUUUCGUGGACCGUUAAAACAUGUAAUAAUUUUCAAAAGCCCCGUUAUGUUAUAGUAGGGUUUCAAACAGACCGUAAAAAUAGUGAAAGUAAAUCAAUGUCUGAAUUCGAUCACUGUAAUUUAACAAAUCUUAAAGUUCAUUUAAAUUCAGAAGUUUACCCGUACAUCGAUUUAAGAUGUAAUUUUGACUGUAAGCUAUUUAGUAUUUUAUUUUCCUACUAUGUUAAUUUUCAAAAGAGUUAUUAUGAUAGACCUUGGUGUUCGCCUUUAGUAAAUAAAAAACAAUUUCUUAAUUUAAUACCUAUUGCUGUAAUCGACAUGUCAAAGCAGAACGAUACAAUUACAGUCUCGUCUUUUGACCUACGUAUUGAAAUUGAAGCAUCAGCCGCGUUCCCUGGUAAUACAACUGCAUAUGCUCUAGUAAUUUCAGACAAUGUAUUUACAUAUACACCUUUUGACGGAACUGUCCGUAUAUUUUAA